UUAUUUCUUGUGUUGGGGCGGUGGGUAAGGGUUAGUGCUUUCUUAUUAUUAUCAUCAGAGCUUGAUUCCCAAAUUUAAGCUCUGUUUUUCGAUCAUUGCCCAACCCCACGAACGAAAGAAACCAUACCUAGAAAAAAGCCAUCUGGGUUUCGUUUCUAAUAUUUGAACUAUUACCACGCCAUCAAUCGCUGCGAUUUGAUUUGCAAAUUCCAUUCUUUUUCUUAGUUGAAUCCGUAGGAGAGGUUGGAUUUUUUUUCGUAUCACCGGUGUUUCGGAGCAAAAUCAGAAUCUGGGUUGAUGGCUAAUCUCUAUGUCAAGGCUAUGCCUCCGGCGGAUCUGAAUAGGAACACGGAAUGGUUUCUUUAUCCUGGUGUUUGGACGACAUAUAUUCUCAUUUUGUUCUUCACUUGGCUUCUCGUUCUCUCUGUAUUUGGCUGCUCUCCUGGAAUGGCCUGGACCAUCGUCAAUCUAUCUCAUUUUGCUGUCACUUACCACUGCUUCCAUUGGAAGAAAGGGACACCAUUUGCUGAAGACCAAGGGAUCUACAACAGAUUGACAUGGUGGGAGCAGAUUGACAAUGGAAAGCAGCUUACCCGCAACCGAAAAUUCUUGACUGUUGUUCCUGUGGUGCUGUACUUGAUAGCCUCACACACAACUGACUAUCAACAUCCAAUGUUAUUUCUUAACACCCUAGCAGUAAUCGUACUAGUUAUUGCCAAGUUUCCUCAUAUGCACAAGGUACGCAUCUUCGGGAUCAACGCAGACAAGUGAAGGUCUCACAUCAAGAGGUUUUCGGUUCGACUUGCCCAAAACGCUUCUGGUUCGUCUCUCAACCUGGUAAAACGUUAUACCUUUGUAUAGUAGUUGGGACAGGAAGGAUACUGAAAAAUUCGUAGUUUUCUUUUUUUGUACCGACUGCUCGCUCCGCUUGUUGCUCAAUGAAUUUAAGUAAAUCCAAUUAUCUUUUCUACAGUGGAGGAAUGUUGUUGCAUUUGAGUUUCACUGUUGUUAUUAUAAAGUAAUUUUUAGGACUA